AUGGCUACACCAAUUUCGAAUGUCGAGACUGCAGAAGUGCUGGCAGAUUUGAUAGAUCCCCAUGGGUCUUUUACGGCUGCAGGGUCGUCUGAUCAAAACAGAGACUCGGAGCAGGACAUCGAAAAAAGUCGAGAGUUGUCGCCUUUUGAUGUUGUGGGAUUCGAUGGCCCAGGAGAUUCAUAUGAUCCGGUGUACUGGUCCAAGAGUAAGAAAUGGGGGGUCCUCCUAGUGGUAGCGUUGAUGACUCUAAUCACACCUCUGUCUCCAUCGAUGUUCGCAUCCGCUCUCCCAGAAGUCUUGAUGGACUACCCUCCUGACAAAUCUAUCCUAUCCACUAUGGUUGUGUCAGUCUAUGCCCUUGGGCUUGGAUUUGGGCCCUUGGUGAUCGCCCCGCUCUCUGAGCUCUAUGGCCGGCUGGUGCUGUACCACGUAACGGCCAUCCUCUUCGUAAUAUUUAGCAUUGCCUGCGCUGUAAGCAGCAACCUCAACAUGUUGAUUGUGUUUCAAUUUCUCCAAGGCUGUGCUGGUUCCGCACCUAUUACCAUGGGAGGUGGAACUGUCGCUGAUAUGUUUUCGCAAACGGAACGGGGUUCGCGGAUUGCUGUUUUGGCAAUCGGCCCACUUCUGACGCUGCUUUUCGGACCUGUAGCUGGAUCUUUUUUGGCCGCAGCGAAAGGUUGGCGCUGGGUAUUUUGGCUGAUGGCUAUCUUAGCUGGAGCCACAGAGAUUUUAUACUGUUGUUUCCUACGGGAAACUUAUCCCUCCGUUGUACUCGAAAAGAAGGUUCAAAGCAUCCGCAAUGAGACGGGAAAUCAAAACCUUCGGUCGAAACUACAUAAGGAUCUCUCACUAACAACUCAACUUUCGGUGUCUUUGAUCAGGCCAUUCAAGAUGCUCUUCCUCUAUCCCGUGGUGCUUGGUCUUGCCGUGCACGUGGCUAUCGGAUACUCGUAUUUCUACCUCCUUCUUACCACACUAGCUGGGGUCUUUAUAGGAGAGUACGCUUUCGGGGUCGACAUCAUUGGGGUGGUAUUCCUCGGCAUCGGAGUAGGCAUGGCAGCUGGUGCUAUCAGCUUUGGCAUACUUUCCGAUAAGAGACUAAAAUACAAGGCCAGAAUGGGUGAAAUGAAGCCUGAAUAUCGGCUGGAACCUAUGGUCGCCGGUGGCAUAUCGAUUCCGAUUGGGUUGUUUAUAUACGGAUGGGCAACGCACUAUGGAGUUCAUUGGUUCGUUCCAAUUUUGGGCACAGGAUUUGUCGGUUUGGGUCUCAUGUGGCUCCUGUUACCAAUUGAUACUUAUCUGGUCGACGCAUAUCCAAUGUAUGCAGCAUCCAGCAUAGGCGCUACUACGGUCUUUAGAUCAAUCGUGAGCGCAUUCCUACCCUUGGCUGGCCCGCCGAUGUAUGCGAGGUUGGGCCUUGGAUGGGGUAAUUCUGUACUCGCUUUUAUCGCGAUAGCUUUUAUCCCUGUCCCGUUGCUAUUUCUCAAGUACGGCGAGGCCAUACGCAAGAAUCCUCGUUUUCAGUGGGAACUUUGA